GGACAGUUCAACGAAGACAUGAUCCCGACGGUGGGCUUUAACAUGAGGAAGAUCACCAAGGGGAACGUUACCAUAAAGCUCUGGGACAUCGGUGGCCCGCCCCGGUUCCGCAGCCUGUGGGCCAGCGGGUGGGGGCACGGUCCCAUCACCCCACCCAAGGGUGCUGAGCCCCGGGAGCUGCGGUGCCUUUGCUGCCAGAGCUGGACGCCCGUGUUGGGAACUGAGAUGCUUCCCCCUGGGACUGGUGUCCCCGUGGGCUGUGAGCACAGGGCAGCCAGGUCCCCGCCGUCCCUGGCAGACCCUUCCCUUCCAGCAUCUCUCGGCCCAGCUCUGUUCCUCAGACCUUGCCUGUCCUGCAUCCCCUGCGCUGCCUGUUCGUCGCAGGGGCUGAGCGAAGGCCAUCGGUGGGGCUCGGCCCUUGCCAAGAGGCUGCUUUGGAGGGUGGCUGCCAGCAGCGUGUUUCCAGGUCACAGUGUUUAUGUGCUGCCGGAUGAGUCUUGUGCUGAGAGAGAAUGAGUCCCCCUGCAACGCCCGCUGCCG